AUGGCGACCGGUGAGAGGCGAUCAAAUCUCAGGUUGUUCAGGACAUCAUUUAUUCUGGACCAAGGCGACACACGCACGACUCGCCAUGGAGACUGUCUCAGACUGUGUGCUUACAACGCGAGAAAAGUGUCCACAGACGCCGAUCUGCAUGCCCUUCUCGAAGCUGCAGAGCACAUCAAAUGUCACAUGAUUGCUCUGCAGGAGACCAAGUGCAGAAGGAGCGACAUACGACAGAUGAAUGAGGGUACACUCGUCAUUCGUGGAGAGAAGGUUCUGUCGCGAAAUGUAGGCGGUGUUGGUUUUGUUGUGCACCCAUCUGUCGUCCAUCUUGUCGAUUCUCAAGAGAUCCUGUCACCUCGUCUGGCCAUUCUUCGCCUCCGCCCUCUGCGCCAAAAAUCCAUCUGUAUCAUCAACUGCUACUCACCAACAUCAGCAGCUGAUGAAUCCGAAUUAGACGCAUUUUACGAGGAGUUGGAGGAAGUGAUCCGCAACGAGAAAUCCUUUUACAAAUUCGUUGUUGAACUCUCUUUUCAAAAAAAAAGAUCAUCGUCGGUGGACAUGGAAAUCGUCCAAUGGUGCGACUCGUGCGGAGAUCGACCACAUACUCACCAACCGGAAGUGGUGUCUACUUGA